CGGGGAGGCAGGGCGGGCCUGUCCCCCGCGGCGCCCGCGGGGCUCGGCGGGGUGCGGGCUCGUGCGUUCCCGGCUGCAUUCCCCUUGGUACUCCCACCGGCAUUCCCCGCCGCCAUGGAGCUGUCCUGCCAGGUGCUCAGAACCACCUACCAGGCGAGAGAAGCGGAGGAGAUGCGAACAGAAGCUCGUCGAAAAAAUCUCCUCAUUCUAAUUUUGCAUUAUUUAAUGGAGGAAGGAUAUGUCGAUGCUGCAAAUGCUUUGGAACAAGAGACGAAAUUAAGAUUACGUGGCUUUGAAGUUUGUGACAACGUUGAUCUUGAGACAAUUUUGAUGGAAUAUGAAAGCUAUUACUUUGUAAAAUUUCAAAAGUAUCCUAAAAUUACCAAAAAGGUCCUGGACACCGCAGAAAAUAAACAACAGCUGCAAACUGGGGGAAGAGCAAGAAGGGCAGCAAGCUCUUCUCAAAAUAUACCAAGGCUCAAGCAACAGACAGCGCAACAACCAGUGUCAAAAACUUCUGGGAGCACAACAGAACCUAAAUCAUCUGCCAAGGAGAGCCCCAGACAGAAUAGUGACAGUGCAGUUACUCCAGACCAAUCUGGCUUUGGCUUAAGCAUCUCAGCAAUCAGCAAACCUGGAGGAGACAGCCCUCACCCAAGAAAGGUUGGUGGAAACUUGGGCCAAGUAAUUGACUUCCACGGGAUGAUCCAGGAUGCUGUCAGAAUGUCACCAAAUGAAAUUGCCUUGAACAGCCUUAAUUAUGAUCCAGAUCCCUCAGAACGAUUAUUGAAACCCCUUAGUGCUUUUAUUGGCAUGACCGGUGAGAUGAGGGAACUUGCAAUGGUUGUAAGCAAAGACAUUUAUCUCCAUAAGCCCAACGUGAAGUGGGAUGAUAUUAUAGGACUGGAUGCAGCUAAAAGGCUGGUCAAGGAAGCAGUUGUUUAUCCCAUAAAGUACCCAGAGCUAUUUACUGGCAUUCUGUCCCCUUGGAAAGGAUUAUUGCUCUAUGGACCACCAGGUACUGGAAAAACUUUGCUUGCUAAGGCUGUUGCCACAGAAUGCAAUACAACCUUUUUCAACAUAUCAGCAUCCACCAUUGUCAGCAAAUGGAGAGGUGAUUCAGAAAAACUUGUCCGGGUGUUGUUUGAGCUCGCCCGGUACCACGCUCCUUCCACAAUUUUCUUGGAUGAGCUGGAAUCAGUGAUGAGUCAAAGAGGCACUGCUCCUGGUGGUGAACAUGAAGGAAGUCUGCGGAUGAAAACAGAAUUACUGGUGCAGAUGGAUGGCUUGGCCCGAUCUGAUGAUCUUGUAUUUGUUUUAGCAGCUUCCAAUCUGCCAUGGGAGUUGGACUCUGCCAUGCUGCGGAGGCUGGAGAAGAGGAUUCUGGUGGACCUGCCCAGUAAAGAGGCACGGCAGGUGAUGAUCCAGCACUGGCUGCCCCCUCUGAGCAACAGCGGGGGUGUGAAGCUGAGGACGGAUCUGGAUUACAGCUUGCUGAGCCAGGAAACAGACGGAUACUCCGGCUCAGACAUAAAACUCGUGUGCAAGGAAGCUGCCAUGAGACCAGUGAGGAAAAUAUUUGAUGCUCUUGAAAAUCAGCCAGGUAACAGUAAGCUGCCCGUGAUCCAACUGGACACGAUCACAACAGCUGAUUUCCUGGAUGUGAUCACCCACACCAAGCCAUCAGCAAAGAAUCUAAGCCGGAAGUACAUGGCUUGGCAGAGGGAAUUUGAGUCAGUUUGACAGAAAACACACCCAAAACUUCCAAGACUUCCAAAGUGGCAUGUCCCCAUGGUGAUGGGGAAGGAAAUGCUGUUGUCUCAGGAAAGAAAAAGCAGCGACAAGUGUCAGAGGGAAAUCUUUACUUCCAGAAUUUAAGGGUGGGUGAAAGAGUGGUGGUUAUUCUUUAUUAACCAUUUUAAUGACCAUUCAAAAAACAUUCCUCAUGGAAUUAAUGUAAUGGCGGCUCCUAUGCAACAAAGCCUCCAGCCUUAAUUUUAUGCAUGAAGACUAAAAAGAUUGA